AUGGAUGAGCGACAUCGUCCUCUGCGUCGAAAUGGCUUUGAAGUUGCAAUCAUUUGCGCUCUACCACUGGAAGCUAACGCUGUUCUUUGCUCAUUAGACGAGAUCUGGCAUGAUGCUCACAAUACGUAUGGGAGGGCUGUGGGGGACGACAACGCCUACGAUUAUGGAAGAAGUGGCGGGCACAGCGUGGUUGUCGUUACUUUACCUGGAAUGGGAAAGGUGCCGGCAUCCACUGCAGCUAGCUAUCUCAGGAUGAGCUUCAGUUCAAUCAAGCUUGUACUGCUGGUCGGAGUCUGCGGUGCAGUCCCCCGUACCGACCGCACGGAGAUUAUCCUCGGCGACGUGGUUAUCAGCCAGAGUAUUGUAGAGUUGGAUCGUGGUCGUCAGUACCCUAACGGCUUUAAAAGAAAGGACACCAUCCUGGACUCUCACGGGCGUCCUAAUGAAGACAUCUUGGGACUGCUGCAACGUUGGAAAGCAACCUUGCACCUGAAAAAUCUACAAAAGAAAACAACGGAAAAUCUCAAGACCCUUCUACAGCACCCAGAUUCCGAGGCACGGUACCCCGGUGCAACUGAGGACAAGCUCUUUGAACGGGAUCUGCAAUAUUCCAGCGGCACCAGACUCACUGCCUGUGACGAGCUUCAAUGCGAUGAGAGCAAAUUAGUACCGCGUACUCGGUUACGCGAAAGAGAUACAGACGGCGAGAUCCCGACUCCGCUGAUACACUUUGGCUUGAUCGGCACUGCGGACACGGUUCAGAAGUCAGCGGCGCACAGGGACAAGCAUGCAGAGUCAGAGGGUGUGAUAGCGUUCGAGAUGGAGGGGGCUGGGGUCUGGAACAAGUUCAAUUGUCUGAUAAUCAAGGGUGUGUGUGACUACGCCGACAGUCAUAAAAACAAGAAUUGGCAGAACUAUGCAGCUGCUGUGGCUGCGUCAGUUGCAAAGGAGAUUUUGGGGCAGUACGUAUCUCACGACCAACCAUCACAGCCGGGAACACCGAAUGAUAGCUCCGGAUAUUUUACACAACAUUCCAUGAUUUCUCGUGGUCGGGCCACAAAGCGAUUUAGAGAGGGCCUGGCAAAGGAGCAGUUGGACACCUUCAAGGCCACAGACCUUCGUGCCUUGAAGAAAGAGCUGAAGAAGAUCCAGGAUGAACAGGAGCAAUCGCACUCAUUGAGAAAUCUUCGGCGGCUUGAGCGCUUUAUUCAAGCCACUGAACAGAUUGGGACCGUUCUUGAAGAUAUCCUAGGUACUAGCGAGGAGAUGUGUCUCGUUUGGGGUCCGGUAAAGGCGUUACUGCAGGUAGCAAAAGGUAACGUGGAUUUAUUCGACACGCUUCUGGAAGCCUACGAAUAUAUUGGUAGUGAACUGCCAAACCUUGGCGUCUACCGGGAGUUGUUUAAGCAUCAUGUAGGCUUGCAACGGAUACUGGCAAGAGUAUUUGCCCUUAUCUUGGAAUUUCAUGAGAAUACGUUGAGAUUAUAUUCCGGGAGAGCCCUAAGAACUGUAUUUCGGCCACUCUGGAAGGACUUCGAAACAACGCUAUUUGAUGUCAUUGUGCGGGAAACCGGCUCCCAUAGGAUAAUGAUCGAAGAUAAGACAAUGGCCUUAUACAGCCACCCGGGACACUGUACGAUGGAUGCGCAAGAAGUCCGAGACCACCUCGAAAGCACAAGCAACAACAUGCGCUUAUCCAAGCAGGAGCAUCAAAAGGCACGAGAGAAGAUGUACGAUGAGGUCAGAUGCUGGAUUGCAGGCGCUGCAGGGGUUUCCGGCGUCGAAGACGUUGCAGACGUCGUAGGUGCUGAGACCGAGAGUGAUCAUAACAACAUCUGUCGUGACCGAGGCUUUUACCCUGGUAGCGGUAGCUGGAUUCUGGAGAACGAGAAGGUCAAAAAAUGGCUAUCACCAGAGCCGGAGCAGUCGUCUAAUUCUAUGCUAUGGAUUAAUGGGCGUCCAGGAACAGGUAAAACAUAUUUAGCAUCGGUCGUCAUUGAGACCUGUCUGGAGGACUCCUCGUCGGUUACAUGCUACUUUUACUGCAAGGAAAAGGUGAAGUCGAGAAACUCUGCGAUUGCGGUACUCCGUGGUAUUCUCUUGCAACUUGCGCGUCAGCACCGCGAAUUGAUCCCUUAUUGCUAUGCGAAGAUCAAGAGUUCCGGUAGCCUCAUGUUAUCGGAUCUAUCCACGGCAAAUGACGGUGUUGACGAGUGCGAAGAGCAGAGAAAGGAUUUGAUCGACAUAUUUAGAAUUCUGGUCAGAAAAAACGAAAUCUAUGCGAAAGGGAAACUUCGUGUCCUUUUUCUAAGUCGGCCCAUGAAUGAAGUCAAAAACGCCCUACCGGAGGCUGAGAUGCUUGCUCUGGAACCGGACCACAACAGGCAAGACAUCCAAAAGUAUUGUGAGCGCAGAAAACGCGAGUUUCAGAAAUUUGGGUUUGACAAUGAGUACCUGAAGGAUGUUGUACAGAUAAUAUGUACAAGGGCUGAUGGGAUGUUCCUGUUUGCUAAGCUGGUCAUGAACAACUUAAAAGAACAGCCAACCAGGGAAGACUUUCGUAUUGAGACCACCGCUGCGAUAUUGCCCAGUGAGAUUGACCAAGCGUGCGUGGCCUCCUUUUACCAGCGUCCGCUGCCUAGUCAUUGA